CGCCUCGCCCUCUUCUUCCACCUCCACCCACCCACCCACCCAGCCUCGUUUCUAGGGUUUAUCGCGGCGGCGGCGGUGGCGAGAUGGUGCAGCGGCUCACCUACCGGAAGCGUCACAGCUACGCGACUAAGUCGAACCAGACCAGGGUCGUCAAGACCCCAGGUGGGAGGCUUGUGUACCAGUACACGAAGAAGAGGGCGAGCGGGCCGAAGUGCCCCGUCACCGGGAAGAAGAUCCAGGGGAUUCCCCACUUGAGGCCUGCUGAGUACAAGAGGUCCAGGUUGUCUAGGAACCGCAGGACUGUGAACCGUCCAUAUGGUGGAGUGCUCUCUGGAACUGCAGUUAGGGAAAGGAUCAUCCGUGCUUUCUUGGUCGAGGAGCAGAAGAUUGUCAAGAAGGUCCUGAAAAUACAGAAAACCAAGGACAAGACCGCAAAGUAGAGCUCCUUUGUAAGGGUUGCACAAUGCUGUUUUGUACACAGUGAAGAGUAUUUUUGAUGGUGGUUUAUGUUGGAUGAUGUUUAGCAUGUGAGAGACCUACCUUUUGAGUUUAGGGUUUUCAAAUCCUCUCAUCUUAUAAUUGUCGGAGUAUUGGGACAUCUGAUCCCCUUGUUCCUUAAUUAUGAAAUUUCUGUAUGAACUAUUGGGUACUAGUCGAAUUCACCUACAUGUUAGCCAUCUUUUUAUUUGACUUAAUUCACUCCCUUAAAUGAUUUGUGGUUGUUUUA